CUCUCUUUAUGCACUAGGAUCAGUGAGUCAGAAUAGAGGUAGGGACACUCCUUUAAAACUGUAGCUGGAAAUCAGCAAGAAGAGGAGGGUACCGUGCUAUGGAGGUUGCCAAGAACAGCAAAAAUACAAUUUGCUUAGAUAGAGAUGGUGGAGAUUCCCAUGCUUAAAGGUUGAAGGGACUGCAUCUUUGGAACAUUUACGUUUUUCUCAUUUGUAGCACGUACUGAAGGAAAUGGCUAUUUCUUGGAUUUACAAAGUUUGGAUCCUACUCUUACCCAUUGUUGACUGCGCUCUGUCCAGUUAUUCCGAAGACCAAUGCAGCUGGAGGGGGAGUGGUCUGUCCCAGCAGCAAGGCAGUGUGGAGCAGAUCUCCCUCCACUGUUCUGAGGGUGCUCUGGACUGGCUUUAUCCUAAGGGGGCGCUCCGCCUCACCCUGUCCCCCAGGUUGCCCUCUGCGGCAGUGGGACCUGGGGGAAGCAGCUCGGGCCUGAUCACGGCCUGCGUCAAGCCCUCCGAGCACUUCCACGGGGCCCAGCUCUACUUGGAGAGAGACGGGGUCCUGGAGCUCCUGGUAGGGGACCGUCUGGAGGAGUCUCCCCCAACCCGGGUGCGCUGCUUCAGCCGCCUGCCCGGCGAGAAGGUGGCCCUCUUCCUCCAGGCCACUCCCCACCAGGACAUCAGCCGCCGCAUUGCAUCUUUCCGCUACGAGCUGAGAGGGGAUUGGACUGUGCGCCUGUCACUCGACUCAAACCCCGUCAGCAGUAAUGAAGGUGCCUGCAGACCCUGUAACAACACAGAGCUCCUUAUGGCCGUCUGCACCAGUGACUUUGUGGUGCGUGGUAACAUCGAGGCGGUGGUUGAGGACAGCGAGUUACGGGCGGCGGUAAUAAAGGUCAGCACCACCGGAGUAUUUCGCCAGAAAUAUGCCCUGUUCACCGGGACAGGCCGCCUGACCCUCUCAGGCGAGAUCAGGACCCUGCUGCAGUGUGGUGUCCGGCCCGGGGCAGGAAGCUUCCUCUUCACCGGCCGCAUACACUUCGGCGAAGCGUGGCUGGGCUGUGCGCCCCGCUACAAGGACUUCCUCCAGGCCUACACUCAGGCCAAGUUGGUCCAGCAGCUACCCUGUGAACUGGCUGUGGACUGAGCAGACCACCCCAAAUCUCGGCUGACUACUUCCCUGUAAUAGGGCUUGCCUCACAAUACAGCCUUAACUCAAUCAACCUGUCCUCUGGUUUGCCAAACCUCUGAGUGAAAGGUGAGGGAGAUGGAAGCUCACCCGAUGGUGUAGCUUCUUAGUCUUCCCCAAAGGACUGUCCAUGCCCAACUCCUCAUUCAUAGCAACAUUCGCAGUGCAAUAUGCAGUCCUGUGGCAAUAUGAAGGACACUGUGUGGACUAGAUGAGAUUAAAUAAUUUGGCACGGGACAAAUUUUCCAGAUGCAUAUAUGCUUAUUCGGAAUUCUCAGAAGAGCAUUCUGUAACAACAAGCAACAAUUUGUCAGGCAUGGAUUCAGAGCUAUUGAGUGUGACUUUGUCUUUUAAACUCAGGAAACUAUGUGAAAAAUUCUGUGGUGAAGUUGGUCUGUUUUAGAAGUUACACAAUUGCUAUUCCAGUAAUUAACCACAAGGCUGUGGUGUUUUUCUAUGGUAGUCUUCAAAAUGGCCACUCAUUUUAUUCAAUGUUUUUUGUUUGGGAAAUCUACCAUUUUGUGUCAAAGAUGUUUGUACAAAUGUGUAGUUGAAACAAACAAUGGUGGACUAUUUUUAGUGUUACAAUUCUUUAUUGGAGAUUAGGGAGGGGAUUUCUCUUUUUAAUUAUUUUUUUAUCGUAAUUUGCACUGAUAAGGGAAUGAUCUGGAAAGUCUUAAAGCUGCAAGCACUGAAAACCAAAAUGAAAAGCUGAUUUUAUGUAGCAUAGAAGAGGUGUGAUCAGAACUUAAUAUAUGUACAGAUAUUGCUAGCACAUCUUCAUGCUAGGCUAGGGCUGGCACAUGUUAGCGCUAGUGUAGAAGGUUCAAAGCUCGCUUCGCUCUAGUGCUGAAAGCACUUUCACAACAUUAGUCAACUCAGAGAAAAAUAAUCUCAAGGUACACACAGGGCAAUUCUGCCUUUUAGAACCCUGCAUAAAUAUUGAAUGAAGAGUUUUUAUGAUGCUGCUGACUUCUAAGAUUUCAUUGUUAUCUCAGUUUGUUUGAAAAGUUUUAUAUGCUGAUUUAUUUUAAUUUGAAACUGUUUUUCCAGUUGAAUAUAAUUAUUUUGCAGUAGUGUUUCCCAUUGCAGCCAUUUUGUAGUUAUUCAUACCCAUUUUCCACAUAAAAAAAUUGCCACCUGUAAGCCUAAGAAAGCUGUCUGCAAAAUUCUAACAAAUCGGAUGUCUUGAUAUUGAGAUGCUGUAAGGCCUACUGGCCCAGAUUUAUGUCAUUGUUACUGUAUUAAUGGGAGUUUGAGGACAUUUUUUGUUUGUCAACAGUUGUAGUCCCACAACAGCAAUAUUCCCCUCUGUAAAAGUCCAAUGGAAUAUGUCUCAAAGCUGGCAGAAAGAGUUGCAGUAGCGAUCUAAUUUUCACAAGCAUUUGUCCGAAAUGUUGAUCACCAUGUUGAGCCGUGGAAACCUCAAGCAAUUUUGUCCAAAUAUCAAUACUGAAUUCUUCAAGCAAUAUUCAAUGUAUUUGCGUAAUAGUCUUUAUACCAAUUUUGGGGUAAGUAUGUCUGGGAUAAGUUACGAGGGGGACAAAACAGGUGUGUUUGGCAAUUCUGGUCAUCAAAAGAUGUCACGUCUUAUGUGCACUAAUCGAUGAAGGAAGCGAUUAAUAUCAAAUGAACGUGAUGUGAUGAAGUGGUAUAUAAAAAGAAAUACGCAAUACUGCCAUGUUUGCUGAUAUUGUCAAUCUGUUUCUGUGUGAUUUUUGUGUUCAUACCAAUGUGAAUGUUAAUAUGUAAAUAAGAACAUCUAAAACAAACUACUUAUGGAGGGGGGGGGGAACAUUUUUCAUUAUUGUGGAGCGUUUAUGUUGUCUGUGACAAAGUCUGAAAAGCUCAUUUGAAUCUCAUGGAUUUUUCUUGGUUGCUUCUUUCACUAACUUUUUAUAGUAAAGUUAUAUAGUUGUA